ACCAAAUAAAAUAAAAAAAUAAAAUCAAGAUACGAACCCAUUUGCAUCCUCUCUUCUCUCUCGCGGAAUUUUUGCUGCGAAUCCGAUUUAUUUUUCUUUCAUUUUUCUCCCAAUUUUUUUUUUCUUUUUGUCGGCAACAAUCAAUCCAUUAGAGUUUCGUCAUCUACAAGAAAUCUCUGUUUUUGUUGAAAAUGUUAUGAAGGUUGAACUUAUAGAUCUAUAAAUCUGGAUUUACGAAGGGACCGAGGAAAUGUCGUCGAAUAAAGGCGAGCAUCAGACGGUCCCGUUAUCGGUGUUGUUGAAGCGUGAAUUGGCCAAUGAGAAGGUCGAGCGGCCGGAGAUUGUUAGCGGUCAGGCGAAUCAGUCGAAGAAAGGGGAAGAUUUCACGUUGAUUAAGAGCGAAUGCCAACGCGUGUUGGGAGAUGGUGUUACUACGUAUUCUGUGUUUGGGGUACUUGAUGGCCAUAACGGGGCUGCAGCAGCUAUAUAUACCAAAGAGAAUCUUUUGAAUAAUGUUUUGAGUGCUAUUCCUCCGGACCUGAACCGCGAAGAAUGGAUUGCGGCUUUGCCUAGGGCUUUGGUGUCCGGAUUUGUGAAAACGGAUAAGGAUUUUCAAGAGAAAGGUCAACUGUCGGGAACAACAGUCACCUUUGUAAUUAUUGAAGGAUUCAUAGUUACUGUGGCAUCAGUUGGUGAUUCCCGGUGUAUACUUGAAUCUGCAGAUGGGAGCCUAUAUUAUCUAUCAGCAGAUCACAGAUUUGAGGACAAUGAAGAAGAGACGGAGCGUGUCACUGCAAGUGGAGGUGAGGUGGGUCGGCUGAAUACUGGUGGAGGUACUCAGAUCGGUCCUUUGAGAUGUUGGCCAGGUGGCUUGUGUCUUUCAAGAUCAAUCGGAGAUCUAGAUGUUGGAGAGUUCAUAGUUCCUGUCCCUUAUGUUAAGCAAGUAAAGCUGUCCUCUGCGGGCGGACGGCUUAUUAUUGCAAGUGAUGGUGUGUGGGAUGCUAUAUCUGCAGAAGCGGCUCUAGAGUGCAGUCGUGGACUGCCACCAGAUGCAGCAGCCGGACAAAUUGUUAAAGAAGCUGUACUACCGAAAGGAUUAAGAGAUGAUACAACGUGCAUGGUGGUUGAUAUUCUACCUGCAGAAAAGAUAAAUCCCCCUGUGCCACAACCGAAGAAGAAGGGAGUAUUUAAAGUCAAAGCCAUGUUUAGAAAAAAGAGUACGGAGUCAACGUCUCAAAUUGAAGAAUAUCUUGUUCCAGAUGUGGUGGAGGAACUCGUGGAAGAAGGAUCUGCUAUGCUUUCUGAAAGGUUAGAUACAAAAUAUCCGCUUUGUAACAUGUUCAAAUUGUUCACAUGUGCUGUGUGUCAAGUUGAAAUGAAGCCCGGUGAGGGUAUAUCGGUACAUUCAGGAUCAUCAUCUAAUACAAGGCAUUCAAGGCCAUGGGAUGGCCCUUUUCUUUGCAUAAGCUGCCAAGAGAAAAGAGAAGCCAUGGAAGGAAAAACUCUUUCUAGAAAUAGGCGAUACAGCAGUGGAAGUGAAUAGCAAAAAAGCUAGUUGAAUUCUUCUUUUGACUUGCAUUUUUGCUUGGAAGCCGCGUGUAUAUGAAAAGUUCACAAGGUUUUUUUGUCAAGAUAUGUUACUCAUUACUAUGGCCGAUGAAGAUCUUAAGCAUUAAUCCACCUUAUAAAACCAGAUUAGAAUCGUAUUAUGUAGUUAUAAUCUUCCCCUAACUCCAUGUUGAUAUAACAUAGAUCGCCAUAAACGGGCUCAGAUAAGUUAUUAGAACAUCUCUCAACAAGUUUGGUGGUUAUUCGUUUGUAUACUAGUAUUUAUUUUAUCGUUUUAGUAGAUCUAACAGCCAAAGCGGAAACAGUGUUAGUGACGGUCUAUAAGUUAAGCUCGGGUGUGAGUGGGCUCGUGUACGAUUAUUGGGAAUUAAGUUACUGAAACUAAGAACAACGUUUGUGAAUUCUAUGUUAGCAGAUUCACACAGCAUUAUUUGAUUCUUGCUUGUAAAACAGUGAACACAUGCUCUAUAUUUGAUCUCAUUCCAACAUUUUUGUUUUUUAUA